AUGCAGAUCCAAAAGCGAUUACUGUCAGAAGCCAAACUGAAGUAUUCCAAGCUGUCGAGAUUGCUGUAGCAAUGGAAACUGCCAUCCGAGAUGCUUCAGAAUUACAAAGUGAGCCCAGUCCCUCACGUUGACAAGUUGACUGAACACAACAAACCAACAUCAGCGAAACCGGCGACCAACCCCCCUUGCUACCGCUGUGGUGGGAACAGACAUAUGACACAUUUUUUUUUACAAGGACCAGAUCUGGCACCACUGUGGAAAACAGGGCCAUAUCCAGAGAGUUUGUCGUUCCAAACAGUAAGGCAAACCUAAGCAAGCAACCAAAACCCCAGAGGUACAUGCUGUUGAGGUUGAUGUUGAUGUUGAUGCAUAUGAAGACAUAUUUGCCACCUUCGAGGUAUACAAUGUGAGGAAACAGAGCAAUGAUAUUAUCUGGGUUGAUUUGGAUGUUGAUGGUAAACCACUUAAGAUGGAACUGGACACAGGUUCGGCUGUGUCGAUCAUCUCGUUUGACCUCUACGAGAAGAAAUUUAAUAGGCUUCCCCUGCACAAAACUGGACUGUCCUUGAAAACCUACACCGGGGAAAGCAUUAUGCCAGUGGGAGUGUUCAAAGUACCCGUGGAUUACCAAAACAAGGGAGGUGCUGGACCUGUACGUUGUCAAGAACAAGGGGCCUGUUCUAAUGGGAAGAGAUUGGUUACGCACCAUACGCCUUGACUGGUUUUCUAUCAAGUCGCUGCAGGCUUUACUAGCUGCCUCAAGUCCUAAAGAGCGUUUGGACAUUAUGCUAGACAAUUACUCAGAUGUUUUUGAAAAUUAACUGGGCACCUUUACAUCAGCCAAAGCGAAGUUAACUCUUAAAGACGACAGCCAAGCACGCUUCCUCACCGAUGCCGUAUACAUUAAAGCCGAAGGUGGAGGAGGAACUGCGGAGACUCCAGAAUGAAGGUAUUCUCACUAAAGUGGAGUGGAGUGAAUGGGCCAGACCGAUUGUGCCUGUCCCCAAGAAAGAUAGUUCCGUCAGACUUUGUGGUGAUUACAAGAUCACAGUGAAUCCAGAACUACAAGCAGUAGUAGCAGUACCCUCUUCCUCGCAUUGAAGACAUCUUUGCAAACCUUGCUGGUGGGCAAAAAUUCUCAAAGAUUGACCUCCGCCAAGCAUAUCACCAAAUAGAGAAGGAAGAAGAUUCAAAGAAAUACCUCACAAUCAACACCCAUAUGGGACUGUUUCAGUACAACCGACUAGUGUUUGGCAUCACCUCUGCACCUGCUAUCUGGUAGCGCACCAUUGAUCAAGUGUUAGAAGGAACGUCUAGAACAAGCUGUAUCCUUGAUGAUAUGAUCAUCACUGGAAAGAAUGAUGAUGAACAUCUUGCCAACCUAGAAGAAGUUUUAGGUCGCUUACAGGCUCAUGGGUUAAGAGCAAACAAGACAAAGUGCGAGUUUUUCAAAGAGGAGAUAACCUCCUGUGGACAUGAUAUUGACAAUCAAGGUCUCCACAAGUCACCAGAGAAAGUGGAAGCAGUUUUGAAAGCGCCUCGCCCAUGCAAUGUAGCUGAACUGAGGUCAGUUAAUUACUACAACAGAUUCUUGCCCAAUUUGUCAACAGUAGUACACCCUUUGAACCAGUUGUUAGAGAACAACCAUCAAUGGAAAUGGACGGAACAAUGCGAAACAGCAUUCUACAACGUGAAAGAAAUGAUCACCUCAGAGCAAGUAUUAACACACUAUGAUCCCAGUCUGCCACUGAGGCUUGCUUGUGAUGCAUCAAUUGUCAUUUUUGUUAUUGUCUUUUUGUGGGGGGUCCGUAAAGGAGUGGGGGGGGGGGGGGGGUCUUUGGACCAGGUCCGUAGGGAGGGCCUUGGACUGGGGGGCGGUGUUUUUUGGUCACCCAAACUUGGGUGUUGCCUCCGACAGGUUUUUACGCGGUCAUUACAGAGUAAGCCUAACACUUCUCAGUAUACUUGCAUACAUCUUAAUGAAGAAACGAAAUAAGAAAUACGUGUAUCGCAGAACCUCGCGAAGCUCGGGGGGGAGCCCAUAAGGGGUGGGAGAACAGGAGAGAAAUGAAGUAAAUCAUGUAACUGGGGAGGGCGGGUCUUAUAUUGGAAGUUGAGAUGUACUUAAUCUCCUGUGGAUUAAAUUUGAACCUAGUGUUCUGGCUUUAAAAAGGACCUUCUGAGAUUUAAAUGGGGCUUCUGUUGUUAGCGAAUGCUGCUAGGUCCCAUCCUAUGUUCACCCGAUUUGAACCUCCUACAUGUGUAAUUAUGGUCAAAAGGAAGUGGGGGUGAUAGUGGAUAACUGCCCGCUAACAUGCAGCUGUAAUAAUUAUUUUUGAAAUGUGUCAGUAGUAGUGAGUGGAUGGCAAUGCUAGGAGAUAAUGCUGCAGUGAAAACAACGACCAAAUGCUGGUAAUCAGAGAAAAAUUUAUUGUUAGGUGAAUUACAGCUAUAAAGUUGCACUUUUUGGUACAUAAUCACACUUGACAACUACUGUUUGUAACAGUAGAGUGCAAACAUCAUCACUGAAAUAGAAAAUUUCGAUUAGCAAUGACCACUAUUGGGAAGAUAGAGCGUUUUGAUGACACAAGAGAACUGGGAAACCUAUGUGGAACGAGUAAAACAGUUUUUCUUGGCGAAAGACAUCGAUGAUGACCAUUAAGUGCCAACUUUGUUGAUUGUUGAGCCUGAUCGGCGGGAAAACCUACACUCUGCUGAGAGAUCUUCUUGCACUGGAGAGGCCAGCUACAAAGUCCUUUCAACAGAUAGUUACCACUCUCCAGGAGCAUUUCAGCCCGAAGCCCUUGGAAAUUGCGGAAAGAUUUCGUUUCUACAAGAGAAACCAACAUGAAGGAGAAAGCAUUUUGUCUUACGUGGCCGAGCUAAGGAAGCUUGCGACACACUGUAAUUUUGGCGGGAAUCUGAACGAAGCGCUACGAGAUAGACUGGUCUGUGGACUUCGAAAUAUGCAGAUCCAAAAGCGAUUACUGUCAGAAGCCAAACUGAAGUAUUCCAAGCUGUCGAGAUUGCUGUAG